AAAACUCUACAGUCCGAUAACUGGCAGUGAGAUGAGCAUAUUUUUCUGAGAACGCUAGCAAUCUAAGUGUUUUUGAUAAAUCCCUGGUCAUUUGAAUCGACGCGAUAAAUAAUAUUCAAGGGGGCCGAGCCCGUUUGAUCUCUGUCAACUUGUCGGUUUGACACACACGUCAAAGAUGGCUGAUAAUAAAGAACCACCACCGCUAUUUGACAACGUUGAUAUUGAUAAAAAUGAGGAUAUGGAGGACGACGACGAGGACAUCUUCGCCUCAGCCAUCCAGGAGCAUAAUCCGUUGGGUGGCAGCAAUUCGUACAAUGGAGUGUCUACUGUUCAAGCGGAGCUGCCUAAAUUGACACUCAGAGAUGCUCCAGAGGACACAUCGUACUCUACUGUUUCCAGUCCAACCCCCGGACCACUGACAUCUCCACUUGGCUUUGUGCCGAAUGAAAUUGGCGAUCUUCAGGAAGUGCCUAUCAAUGAUAAUCAGAGUUCAGAGGCUGCUGGAGGGAAGCAGAGUCAACAGCUCGAGGAAAUUCCAACAGAAACAUCCGAUGCAUUCCUGAAAAUUACCAUAACAUCACCGCAAAAAAUAGGGGAGGGAAUGGGCGCAUAUGUGGCGUACAGAGUCGAAACUAAAACGAAUAUGCCAAUAUUCAGAAAACGUAGUUUCAGCGUGAUGAGACGUUUCUCGGAUUUUCUCGGCCUUCACGACAAACUCGUGGAAAAAUAUCUCAGAAGUGGAAGAAUUAUUCCACCAGCGCCUGAGAAGAGUGUGAUAGGAAUGACGAAAAUAAAAAUGUCAGGCGAUAAAAAUCAGGAGCAGAACUCGAGUUCAACUGAAUUCAUUGAGAGACGUAGAGCAGCUCUAGAAAGAUAUCUUAAUAGAACUGCUACUCAUCCUGUUUUGAGCAUUGAUCCUGACUUCCGAGAAUUUUUGGAGGCUGACAUGGAAUUACCAAAAGCUACAAGUACUUCAGCCCUCAGUGGUGCUGGUGUGAUGCGUCUAUUCAACAAGGUUGGAGAGACAGUCAACAAAAUCACAUACAAAAUGGAUGAAACUGAUUCGUGGUUCGAGGAGAAAACCUCUCAGAUAGACUCCUUGGACACUCAAUUACGUGCAUUGCACUCAGCAGUCGAGACAUUAACAAAUCAACGACGAGAGUUGGCGAAUUGCACUGGAGCAUCUGCCAAGUCAAUCGCUGUGCUCGGGCAUGGAGAAGUUGGAGUGUCUCUGGGGCGAGCACUUGCACAAUUAGCUGAGACACUUGAGAAAGUCGAAGUCGUCAGACGUGCACAGAGCAAUAGCGAUCUGUAUCAGUUUGGGGAGAUGUUGAGAGAUUAUGUGGCACUCAUUGGUGCUAUCAAGGAUGUUUUCCAUGAACGUGUCAAAGUAUUCCAAAACUGGCAGCACGCCCAGAUGAUGUUGAACAAGAAACGAGAAUUGAAAGCACGACUUGAACAGGGUGGACGUAGUGACAAGACCUCCCAAGCAGCAACUGAGGUCAUCGAGUGGGAGGCAAAGGUGGAGAGGGGUCAGGAGGAAUUCGAUAACAUAUCGAAGAUGAUUAAGAAGGAAGUUGAAAGAUUCGAAGUGCUGAGAGUCGAGGAUUUUAAGAAGCAACUGACCGAAUACCUCGAGGCAAUGCUCCAGCAUCAGAACCAGCUCAUCAAGCACUGGGAGAGCUUUCUCCCUGAGGCACGAGCUGUUGCAUAAGAGCCCAGUUUAUGAUUAAUCAUGAUUAGUUCCGCAGCGAAACAGUAAAACAGUUCAAGCCGAUUUACCCCUCAGCUGAGGUUUUGAGGAAUUGCUCCGAAACUAAGGGUGAUAAAUAUUUUUUUUUGAUGACCAUUUUGUAAGAUAAAUGGAAAAUAACAAAAAAUGUCUUGACAAAACUUUGUAAAUCCCUAUUAGAAUUCGUAAUAUUGGUUCAAAACUGGCCAAUAAUAGAAAUCGACUUCGUUUUAUCGCUUCGCUACUUAACUGAUUAAACAGUUCUGUUAUUCCCUGAAAUUUUUCUCAAUUUUAUCUCCUCGAAAUCCAAGUUCUUUUAUUGUGCGAGUCAUAGACCUGAUGCCCACGAAUAAAUUCAAUUGAAAGUUUAUGCAUCUCUCUUCAUAGCAUGUUUGAUAAUUGGGUGAUAAAAAAAUCGUAUUUUGAUAUCACAAUGGAGUACGUGGAUGUUUUUAUGAAAUACCUCGUCAUUCCUGAGGCUGAGAGGAAUUUAUGAAGAGAUGGUUUUUGAACAGAAUCAAGAGCUUUAUGACAAAUAUCUGGAUAUUUUUUAGGAACAAUUUUGAGAGGUACGGAAAAGUGGGAUUUGUCUUCUGCUCUUUUUAAAACAAUGGAAAAUCUACCCUUUGUCACUCAUCUACAGCUUAAUAUUUGAUUGAUCCCGAUAAUUUAACACUGCUGAAGAAUCAAGAAUCCCUCUCGAGCAUAAAAUCGGAUGUAUAAAUACGUUAUCAUAUUAAUUGCAUUAUUAAAAUCUUAAAGGAGAAUUUAAAGUGUAUCAAGAUGUAUGUACGUGCGUAUGCAUGCGUGGGUAUGAAUCAUGUGUCCAUGAAUUUAUUAUUAAUUGAUAUUGUUAGAAAUUUUAUUGGACAAUAAAAGCAUUGAAAAAGAAUCUCA